UUUUUGAAAUAAUUUACCUGUCAUUUUUGACAGCUAACUUAACCUUGAAACCACUUAUGGAAUUUUUUCAUUUAAUUGGUUUAAAUCAACGAGCAAAGUACACGUCCGUUCAGUUUUCCAACUAUCAUGUUUGUUUUCACGCGAAUAAUUGCUCAGAGUGGCCGUUGUGUCAAAUCCCGCGGGAUAGCCUCUCUGGGGGCCCUCUCCGAGACUCACCAAAUGCUUCAAAAAACCUGCCGCGACUUUGCCGACAAUGAAUUAAAACCCAUCGCUGCUAAAGUCGACCGCGAGCACUUGUACCCCCAAGACCAAAUCCAGAAAAUGGGGGAAUUGGGGCUCAUGGCCGUAGCCGUCCCCGAGGAAUUUGGGGGUACAGGUUUAGAUUACGUGGCGUACGCCAUAGCCAUGGAGGAAAUUUCCAGAGGGUGCGCCAGUGCCGGUGUUAUUAUGUCUGUUAAUAAUUCGUUGUAUUUAGGGCCGAUUCAAUAUUUUGGGAAUAAAGAGCAAAAGGAGAAGUUUAUUACGCCGUUUACAAAAGGAGAUAAGGUGGGGUGUUUCGCCCUCUCGGAGCCCGGGAAUGGGUCCGAUGCGGGGGCUGCGUCCACCACGGCGAGGCUUGAAGGCGACAAAUGGGUUCUGAACGGGACCAAAGCCUGGAUCACCAAUGGAUUUGAGAGCGAAGCGUCUGUAGUCUUGGCCACAACGGACAAAAAUUUGAAACAUAAAGGUAUUUCAGCUGUUAUUGUUCCAAAACCGACAAAAGGGCUUGAGUUAGGUAAAAAAGAAGACAAAUUGGGGAUUAGAGGCUCCUCCACCUGCUCUCUCAUCUUCGAAGACUGCCAAGUCCCCAAAUCAAACCUCCUGGGAGAACCUGGACAAGGUUUCAAAAUCGCAAUGAUGACACUCGAUGCUGGCCGAAUUGGAAUCGCUUCACAAGCCCUAGGAAUCGCCCAAGCCUCUCUCGAAGUCGCCGCUGAGUACGCUUCAAAAAGAAUGGCUUUCGGAAAACCCCUUCUUAAGCUUCAAACAAUACAAAAUAAAUUGGCCGAAAUGGCAUUACGGUUGGAGGCGGCGAGACUUUUAACAUGGAGAGCGGCGUGGCUUAAAGACAACAAAAAAAAUUUUACUAAGGAGGCUGCCAUGGCCAAACUGGCGGCUAGUGAAGCAGCCACUUAUUUGAGCCACCAGUGUAUACAAAUUUUGGGGGGCAUGGGGUACGUCUCGGACAUGCCGGCGGAGAGGCACUACAGGGAUGCGAGGAUCACCGAGAUUUAUGAAGGGACGAGUGAGAUACAGAGACUUGUAAUCGCCGGGAACUUGAUCAAGGAAUUGGGGCUAUAAUUAUAUAAAAUCGUGUUUAAAUACAUUUUUACAUUUGUAGUGUAUUUUAAUGUAAGAGUAAAGGGCUGAGAGAGGUAGGGGCAAGCAAGGUGGGAGAAUGACGAACGGACACUCUUGCUUGCCCCGCCGAAGUGUUCGUGUGUAAAUAAAUA